AUGGAAGGAGAGGGAGAACACGCGCCGCCCCAGAGGCAGGAGCCACCCGUCUUCAAGGCCCCGAGGCUAGUCUCGCGCCCGAAGCCCCCGGUGCAGCAAGAGGAGGAGAUGGGCUCUGAGAUCAAGCUAGGCGACUUUGAAGACGUCCACGCCCUCUCCGUCUCCGAAGCGCGCGCCGUCGUCACAGCCGUCCACGAGGCCCGGAAGAAGAAGGACCCCGAGAACAACCCUCUACGCGAUAGGAUAUACAACGACAGCAUAACCAUCACACAGUUCCUCGACUACCUAGACAACUUCGCCCGCUACAAGGAGGAAGACAGUCUGCACUCGAUCGCUGCCCUCUUCGAUGCGCACCCUGAGAUCUCCGUUGUCGAGAAGGCACUGCUUGGAACGCUUACCCCGGACACCGCAGAAGAGGCCACCACCCUCAUUCCCUCGCUGAACAUGGACGAGGACGAGCUCCAGUUAAUCCUGGACGAGCUGAACAAAAUGCGUGAGUUGGAAAAGUUGAACAAGAUGGUCACGGGCCCAUAA